UACUCCAUACUGUACUCAUUCACUUCUACUCCUCCAUUGAACAACUCCAGGACUCCAUUAUACAAUAUCAUGAGUAGAGAAACAUAUUCGGGAGUCUUUGAUCCAAGGGAGUACAAAAAGACUGAUACUGAAUGGGCUCGACGCAGGAAACCUGAGUUCCUUGGUCCAGGAAAAAUACAUUAUACAAGAGAAGUUGUCCGAGACAUUCCUCAGAAUCAAGAUCAAAGGGGGCAGUAUCAGGACCAAAGCGGCCAAAAUCCGAACGUCGGCUAUACCGGUCAAAAUCUAAGAGGAGCGAAUGAUUAUCAAGAAAUUGAAAUUCGUCAGGAUGGCCAGGAGGUACGUCGUGGAGUUAGAGGUCAGGGGGGUGGUCAGGGGGGUGGAGUUGAAAUCAAGAUCCAAAGGAACCCUGAUCAGGGUAUGUGGCCAAGAAAACUAAAAUCUGACCUCACUAGGCUGUACUAAUUUUUUUGUGACGAAAAUCCAUUUUAAAAUAUCAGAAUUUGUAAAAUUUUAGAAUUCGUUGGUGGUUAAUUUAUUUUAUAAUCAAAUAUUAAUCUGUAAUCAAAAUUAUUUUUUUGUUUGUAUUCCCUUAAAUUGUAAGCUAAAAUUGUUUUAGUGUAAAUAAAUGCAUACAAAAAUGGA